CCCCCUAACUCCGGAAAGGGGGGUUCUGGACAGGAGGGGUCCUACUGGAGUUUCGAGAGGGCUCCACUCCCUCCUUGCCCGGCCCCCAGCCGCGGUGCCUCCUUCCCCUGCAUCUUUCACCCGGGGCUCCUUUCCCGUCCUGGGAGACGGAGAAAGGGAAGCGGGGGAGUGGUGUGGGGGAACCGACUGGUGCCGGAACUUGAGCAGCGAGGCGUCCGGUUUGCACGGGGGAAGACUUAGGCAGCCCUCCCCACGGCCGGACUUCCGGUUCCGGUCCCGGACGCUCCUGGGCCGCGGUCGCCAUGGAGGAACCCGAGAUGCAGCUCAAGGGAAAGAAAGUCACAGACAAGUUCACCGAGAGCGUCUACGUCCUGGCCAACGAGCCAAGCGUGGCCCUGUACCGGCUGCAGGAGCACGUGCGCCGCUCCCUGCCUGAGCUGGCACAGCACAAGGCCGACAUGCAGCGGUGGGAGGAGCAGAGCCAGGGGGCCAUCUACACUGUGGAGUACGCCUGCAGUGCCGUCAAGAACCUGGUGGACAGCAGCGUCCACUUCCGCAGCGUGGAGGGGCUGCUCAGGCAGGCCAUCAGCCUCCGGGACCAUAUGAACGCCACCGCCCAGGGCCACAGGUAGCUCCCGCUCCUGCCUCGCCGCGUCCGGUGACCUCCGCCCUGGCCUUCCGCGCCUGUCGCGGUCAGGGCCAGCCUCUCUGCGGUGUCCUGGCCCUGGGCUGGGCGCUGGGGCCUGGGCAGCGACGGCCACGGACAUCCUUGGGCUCACCCAGGGGCCCCCCGGGUGUGCUGCGGAGUCAGCCUCCAGCCCUUGGGCACUGGAGACAAGGAGCUCUCUUUGGGUUUUUUU